AAGGGUAACACGUGAUUAUCAAACCAAAUCUUCUUAUCUUCUUUACUAAUCGAAACAUCUUACGCUAUUACGAUUUGUUUUGUUAGGUACCUGUAAUAGUAAUAAGGGAACCCAAAAAAAGAAGCAAACGAAUAAUAAAAAUCACGAUCUGCGUUUUCCCCUGAAACAGCCAAAAAAAAAAAAAAACAGAGAGAGAAACAAAAAAUGAUACAGCUGUUUUUCACGAUAGCGUUCUCGGCGGCGCCGUUAACUCUGUACAUACCGCCGGUAAGAUGUUUGACGGUGUUUGUGGAGACGAUGGAAGAGAUGGGAAUGGAAGGUAGAGUUUAUAGCCGGAGACUUUUCCCUCGCGCCAGAAUUGCUUGGUCUAGGCUUCUUGAUUGCUUCUUCUCCCCUUCUCGUCCUCUCUCUUCUUAAAAAUUCCGUUCGUCUUUCUCUUCCUUUCUCUGUAGAUAUGUGUAACUUCAGUUUCCUUCUUGUGCGUAUAUGCUUUCGAUUCGAGAUUUAGUUUUUUUUUUUUCUUUUUCUUUUGGUUUUGUUAUUGUUGUUGAUCUUGAUAAUAAUUGAUUAGAGAGAUGGAUCUGUGAUUCCUCUUUUUGUU